GUGGCCACAGGUGGCGCGUGAAAUUACAGAACCAAAACAAAACAGUGAAAAAUGAAAUAAAAAGUGAAUAAAAAUAGCAUUCAUUACACGAGUAUAAUGGAUAUUAAGGUAGAAAUUAAGGAAGAACUUGAGCAAUAUGAUAAUGGAUUUAGUAGUGAAGACGUACCAUAUAAUAUGCAGAGUGGGGUAUCCACAGAAGAUAUAAAAGAUGUUAAAAAGGAAACACAGCAAGAUGAUUCAGGUUUUCCCGAAAUCAACAAUAAAACGGAAAUUACAAAGACAUCACCUAAACGCUCAUACGACAAACAACAACCAAUAAGUCAACAUGCCAAAGAAACCAUAAUACAACAAAAACCAUACAAGUGUGAAAUUUGCUUGAAACAAUUCACUACAGCUGGUCACGUAAAGAUACAUUUGAGAAUACAUGCGGGGGAAAAACCUUACAAGUGUGAAAUAUGUCUUGGGCAGUUUUCCCAGAAAAGUUAUUUGAAAAAACAUAAGAAAGUACACACUGGAGAAAAGGGCUACAAGUGUAACAUUUGCUGUAAGACAUAUACGUCAGCAGAUAAUUUGAAGAAGCACUUGCGAGCACAUACUGGUGAAAAACCUUUCGAAUGUGACAUUUGUAGUAAGCCAUUCAUUGCUGCAUGUGAUUUGAAAAGGCACUUGCGAACACAUACUGGGGAAAAACCUUAUAAGUGCGACCUUUGUCCAGUGCAAUUUUCUCAGCAAAGCCAUUUGAUAAGGCAUAAGAAAGGACACAGUGGAGAGAAGAAUCACAAGUGUGAAAUUUGCUGUAAGCGGUUUGUUGCAGCUGAUAAAUUGAAAACACACUUGCGAACACAUACUGGGGAAAAACCUUACAAGUGUGAAAUUUGUCUAAGGCAGUUUUCACUUCAAGGCAAUUUAAUAACGCAUAAAAAAGUACAUAGGGAGUAAAAACGUUAUAUACAGUAACCGCCACCUUCUUAGUAGACACAUAGGAACAUUGAGCUAUUACAAUCCAGGGCCUAGAUUCCGUGCACUGUAGAUAUCUACAUGUCGCUUUCUAUCGAUAUUUGAAUAUCAAAAUAUUUGAAUUUUUAGCUUUAAUUGAAUUAUUUUCUAGUUUUGCUAGGUUAUACUCUAAUUGAUAAACUAGAGCAAAACUAGAAAAUAAUUCAAUUAAAGCUAAAAAUUCAUAUAUUUUGAUAUUCAAAUAUCGAUAGAAAGCGACAUGUAGAUAUCUACAGUGCACGGAAUCUAGGCCCUGGACUCUUCACUUAUUGCAAUGUUUAUUUUAAUGUCUAGUGACGUUUAGAACGUCAGAAAAUGUACAGAAACUGAAUAUUAACAUAUAAACUUGACAAUAGAUCAGCUGUAUUUGA